AUGAAGCUCCCAUCACUCCAAUUGGCCGCCCUCGCCGUCCACGGAGCCCUCGCGACAGCAGCCACCUACCAGCAGCUCCCGCCGCUGCGAGCCCAGGCCGCCCUCCAGGACGCCUGGACGGCCGAGCGCAGGGCCUCCAUCCCGAGCAUCCUCAGGUCCCACGGCGUCGACGCCUGGCUCAUCAGCCAGCGCGAGUACGCCGAGGACGUCGUCUUCUGGCCCCUCAAGGCGGCCACCCAGUUCAGCGCCCGCCGCCGCACCACCACCCUCUUCGUCGCCGACGAGGCCGCCGCCGCCUACACCUGGAUCGACAACACCCCCGCCGUCUGGGACGAGCUCGCCGACGCGCUGCGCCGCCACCAGCCCCGCCAGAUCGCCGUCAACGCCCACCCGGAGCUGGCCUUCGCCUCGGGCCUGCACGCCGGCGAGAGCGACGCCAUCGCCAGCGCGCUGGGGCCCGAGUGGACGGAGCGCUUCGUCGUCAAGCCCCUGCUCAACCUCGAGUUCAUCGGCACGCAGAUCGAGGCGAGGCUGCCCUGGUACCGCCGGCUGCAGGAGACGGCGUGGGCCAUCAUCGGCGAGGCCUUCAGCGAGCGGGUCAUCGCGCCGGGGGCGACGACGACCGCCGACGUGGAGUGGUGGAUGCGCGAGAAGAUCCAGGAGCUCAACUACACGACCUGGUUCCACCCCAGCGUGUCCAUCAUCGAGGAGGCGUUCCCCUGGGGGGACGGCCCGCAGAGGGCGAUUGCGUACGGGGACCUCUUGCAUGUUGACUUUGGCGUGACUGCUCUGGGGAUGAAUACUGACACGCAGCAUCUCGGGUAUGUUCUGUACCCUGGGGAGACGGAGGAUGAUGUCCCAUCUGGUUUGAAGGAGGGCCUGAAGAAGGGCAACCGUCUCCAGGAUCUGGUGCGGGAGAAGAUGAUUCCUGGGCAGACUGGCAACGAGAUCCUGCAGGCAACUCGGGCUCAGAUGGCCGAGGAGGGUGUCGAGGGGAAGAUUUACUGCCAUGCCAUCGGGGACUGGGGACACUCUGCAGGUGCUGUUAUCGGCAUGACAAACCUCCAAGACGAGGUCCCCGUCCUCGGAGAACUCCCACUCCUCAACAGAACAUGGUACAGCGUGGAGCUGCUCGCCGAGCACUACGUCCCCGAGCGCAACGCGACCCUCAAGUUCCCCCUGGAGGAGGACGUAUACUGGGUCAACGGCAAGUUCGAGUGGGUGUUUGGACGGCAGGAGAAGUUCCAUUUGAUCAAGUCGCCGGCAUCCAAGGACACGCAGGAGGAGCUGUAA